AUGCAGAACGACGCGGCAACGGCGGACGAACCGCUGCUUGGCAACAGCGUUAACUACGGCACGACUGAAAAAGACUUGCUCGCUUCCGGGGAUCAAGCAGGAGUCGAGAGGGCAGAUGCCAUUAAUCGCGUCUGGACGAGCUCCGCAUUUGUUUGGGCCUACUGUUUCAUCUUCCUGAACUUCUUCGUCAACUCUCUCCAGCAACAAACUACUUCGAAUCUCCUUCCUUACGUCGUCAGCGACUUCUCGGCACAUUCGCUCAUCCCGGCCAUCGGCAUCACUUCCUUUAUCCUCAGCGGUGUUCUUAAAUUGCCCGUUGCCAAGAUGAUCGACGCUUGGGGUCGACCGCAGGGCUUCGCCGUCAUGACGGCGCUGGCUACGCUUGGCUUGGUCCUUAUGUCCCUUUGUAAAGAUGUCAAGACGUACGCGGCAGCCAAAAUUCUCCAUGGUGUGGGAUUCAGUGGAUUCACCUACAUCUUGGAAAUUAUCGUUGCAGACACGUCGUCAUUGAAAAACCGGUCAUUGGCGCUGUCGUUCGCAGACUCGCCGUACAUCGCGACUACUUUUGCUGGCCCGGUUGCGGCGCAAUGGUUUCUUCAAUACAGCUCAUGGCGGACAGCGUUUGUUUCCUUUGCUGUUGUAAUGCCGUUAACAGCGGUAUCGGUAUAUGUGAUCCUUGAAAGCAACGCGAGGAAGGCGCAGAGGUUGGGUGAGCUUAAGGCAGUGAAGAGCCACCGGACCUGGUCUGAAAAUUUCUUGUAUUUCACAAUGGAGUUCGAUGCUGUCGGAGUCAUACUCCUCGGUAUGGGUUUCAGCCUCUUACUUCUUCCAUUCUCCCUGGCCGGGUCGGCCGGCAGCAAGUGGUCUUCGCCCGGAAUUAUCGCCAUGGUUGUCCUUGGCAGUAUACUCAGCGUCGUCCUUCUCCUCUACGAGCGCUACUACGCCCACAAACCUUUUCUACCGUUCCAGCUCUUGCUUUCUGGCGACGUCUUGGGCGCAUGCAUCCUCUCUACUACCUUAUCCAUCGCCUACUUCAGCUGGGAUGGGUAUUAUACCUCCUAUCUGCAGGUCGUUCAUCAGCUCAGCGUAUCGGAGGCCGGCUAUGUCGACAACGUGUACAGCAUCGGCAGUUGUCUGUGGGCCAUCGUCGUCGGGUGGCUCAUCAAAGCGACUGAUCGCUUCAGAUGGCUCGCAUGGAUUGCCGUGCCCAUCCAGUUAUUGGGCGGUGCUUCUAUGGUCGUCUUCAGACAGCCUUACACGCCCAUCGCGUACGUGAUAAUUUGCCAGGUUCUCAUCGCCAUCGGUGGAGGCACGUUGGUCGUUACGGGACGAAUGGCCGUCAUGUCGAUCGCCAAGCACGGCGAGGUGGCGUCCCUCCUUGCCCUGUUAGGUCUGUCCAGUGCCAUGGGGGCAGGCGUCGGAUCCUCGGUGUCGGGCGCGAUUUGGAGCAACACUGUUCAUGCCGAACUGCUGAGGCUAUUGCCAGACGACGCGAAGGACAUGGCCAAGGAGAUCUACGAGAGCCUAGAGCUGCAGCUCAGCUACCCCGUCGGCAAUCCCGUCAGAGAGGCAGUCAUGCUGGCUUAUGGCACUGCGCAAAGACGUAUGGUGGUCGCGGGCAUGGCGGUGCUGUUGGUUGCCAUACCGGCCGUUGCCGUAUGGAGAGACGUCAGGGUGUCGGUGUUGCAGCAAGUACAGGGACGGGUGCUAUGAUCAGCACCGCAGCAAAUGCGCAGCAAUUCUUGGAUCAGGACGGGCCAGAACCUUACUCCCGUAAUCCCGAACCGACGAACCUCAAAGCGGGCAUGACAGAUUUGUCCAUUGAGCCGGCGCCUCCUCUGAGUUUGGCAUCGGGAUGAGUGGCGGCCUUGAGGAGGCAGUGAAUUCGUUAGCCACGAGGUUUGGGACGCGAAAUUGCCUGCUGGGAUCCGUCAAGCAGCCGGUCCGUUCAGUUCGUGAACGCCUAGUCAGUCCUUUUAAAGACUAAGCGGAAGAGGUGGGUCGGGGGAUGAAAGCACAACUUUCGUAUGUCUGGAGACCGGCGAUUUUUUAUGACUUCUAGUCUACCAAUGGAGGACGACGAGGGUUAGUGAUGGCGUCCAGCAAGGGUAUCUCGAGG